UCUUCUGAGUGAUUCAAUCUGUUCAAUAAAUCGGUUGAGGGCCGGUAAACGGUAAGAUGCGAAAGUACUUUUGAGGUAUAGCAUUUAGGGCAUGAGUUCGAGCACUUCGCAAAGCAUGGGACGAUGUGUGACCCCUUUUACUGAAAGGGCCUUAAGUGGUUGGUUUACAGUGCUUUUAUACUUUUAAACCUGUUUAAAUUUGUCUAUUUUUUGCAACUAAGUAUCUCAUAGAGUUUGAGUAUAUAUAGCCGAUAAGUAUAACGCUUGUCUAUAGAUUCAUCACUUCGCGUAUUUAUUGCCUUGGUCCAGAUAAUAACGCUGAUGUUUAGUAAAAAAUACCCAACGUAUCAGUCUGACUUUGAGUGUUUGCUGAGAAGUGCUGAGUUUUUCCAUUUAGUGAUGGAGUUUAGAAAUUUGGAUGAGUAUGAGGAAAAGGCGAGGGAGAAUCUGUCAAAGAAUGCCCUCAACUACUAUCGCAAUGGCACAGGUAAAGGAUUAUCACUGCAGUGGAACAGAUCAUGCUACGACAGAAUUCGUAUUCAUCCCCAUUGCCUCAGAGACGUGUCAGAGCGGUCUGCAAAGUGUCAGUUAUUGGGAAUUGAUAUGGCAAUGCCGGUGGGAGUAAGUCCCACGGCAAUGCAGAAAGUUGUGCAUCCAGAAGGUGAGAUUGCUAGUGCCAAAGCAGCAGAAGAGAUGGGUGUCAUUUUCACACUCAGCUGUCUGUCCACCACGUCUCUCGAGCAAGUUGCCGCCGCAACACCAAAUAGCCCGAAGUGGUUUCAGCUGUACAUUUAUAUCGACAGAAACCUCACGAGAAAUUUAAUUCGACGUGCUGAAAAGGCUGGGUAUCGAGCCAUUGUUGUCACAGUGGACACUCCAAUGUUUGGCUUUAGACGACCCAAAAACACCCUCUCACUUCCAUCUCACUUGUACCUGGAUAAUUUCACUUCAGAACGAAUUGAAGGGUUAAAAGAAGCCGGCGAGGGCCUCAAUUUAGCAGGAUAUUUAUCCAGCAACAUUUACAGAUGUCUUACGUGGGAGGACAUAAAGUGGCUUGUGAAAGAGACCCAUCUCCCUGUGCUGGCCAAAGGAGUCCUCCGUGCAGACGAUGCUAUGCGUGCUGUGGAAUGUGGCUGCAAAGGGAUAAUUGUGUCAAACCACGGUGGACGCCAGCUUGAUUCUGUGCCUCCCACAAUUGACGUUCUGCCCGGAAUAGUGUCGGCAGUAGGGGACAAAGUAGCCAUCAUUGUGGACGGAGGUAUUCGCCAGGGGACAGAUGUAUUCAAGGCUUUGGCUCUUGGUGCCAGGAUGGUCCUCAUUGGACGUCCUGUGGUUUGGGGUCUGACUGUGGGUGGGCAGGCAGGAGUUGUGGAUGUGCUGAAGAUUCUUCAGACUGAAUUUGAUGUGGCAAUGGCAGUCUCUGGUUGCUCAAAAAUCACAGAUAUCACCCGGGAUCUAAUUAGUUUUGACAAUACCAGCUGCAAGUUGUGAAUUUCAAUUAGUUUGAAGACUAACCCAAAAUUCAGGAAUUGAUUAGUUCAACUAUAUAUUCUUAAAUCUAGACAGUGUAUUCCAAUUAAACUCUCAAAUAGUACAGAGGAAUAAUUCUUCAAAAGCUUCUACUAGAAAAUGAAGAAAUAUCAAUUUUUUUGUUCAUCAAAAAGAAUAUUAUCCAAAUGAGUUUUAAUUCUUUAAAAAUGGAAUAAAACAAAAUGCAACGAUUAAUAUAGGGUGGAAUCACCACUUCUCGCCAGUGUCCCACUUUUCGCCACUUAUAUUGAAAUCGGUAUUUUUCGCGAUUUGUAAAAUAAAUUAGCCGCAAAGUUCUUUGUAUUUUUACUGCUGCUACGUAUAGAGUCGAAAAAUAAUAAUUAUUCGUUUUGGAUUUACGAUUUUGAGCAUUCUUUUAGAGUAAUAUUUUAAGCAAGUGCAUCUAAUCCAAUAUUUUUACCAAAUAUACUAAAUGUCAUCAAAUUUUCAUCAAGCAAAAAAUACCUUUUUGGAUAAAUAAUUUGUCUAUUGAAUAUUUAUAUACACUUGUGGAAUACAUGAAAUUUGUAUUUGGUUAAUUAAUAUUUCAUUCAAAAAUUUAAUUAAUAUUUCAUUCAAAAUGAGGCAUGGCGAGAAGUGGUUAUAUUCUGAAAUUCAUUUUACCGCCUGUCGCCAUCUCUUUUCAAUAGGCGACGCUAACUUCAUUUCGUAGAUUCUCAGUUGUCAAAUUUGCAUUGUUUAAUCUGAAAUAGACCUAUACUUUGAUUUCUCAAAUAAAAGUGAAGAAUAAUCAUUUAAAGUGAGUAGUAAUAAGAUGAUCAUGAGGAAAAAUAAAUGCUGAGUGUAUUCUUUUUAAAACUUUACCUAAAAUAAUCGAGUUUAGACCUUUUCAAGUGGGUGGCGAGAAGUGAUUAUAAGACUGGUGAAAAGUGGCGAAGAGUGGCGACGAAGUGGUUAUUUUUGCAUUAUUAAUAAAAAUCAGUUUUUUUAGUCCAGCGUUAAAUUCUAGAACUAUUGUUUUCACGAAUCUAGAGCCAAUACAUCUAAGUAGUUUUGUGUCAAAUUUGAGUUAUCUUGUAAUAAAAGUUGAAAAGUUAUAAUAAAA